UUUAUUCUAUGCAGACUAUUCCCAUAACCGGAAGUUGGAAAAGUGUCAAGAGGCUCGGUCGGUACAUAAUUACGACUGUCCUAAUUUUGUUAAACAGCGAACACUCUUAUUGGGCUUAAGGUAGAAGAUGAGUAGCUCAGAAGAAGUAUCAUGGAUAUCUUGGUUUUGUGGAUUGAGAGGAAAUGAGUUUUUCUGUGAGGUUGAUGAAGAUUACAUACAAGAUAAGUUCAACUUGACAGGACUGAAUGAACAAGUUCCACAUUACAGACAGGCUCUAGAUAUGAUCCUCGACCUUGAACCAGAUGAUGAACUUGAAGAUAAUCCUAAUCAGAGUGAUUUGAUUGAACAAGCAGCAGAAAUGUUAUAUGGGUUGAUUCAUGCCAGAUACAUCAUGACAAACAGAGGAAUUGCACAAAUGAUUGAAAAGUGGCAACAAGGAGACUUUGGUUAUUGUCCAAGAGUAUAUUGUGAAAAUCAACCAAUGUUACCAAUAGGUUUGUCAGAUGUACCAGGUGAAGCAAUGGUGAAACUGUAUUGUCCAAAAUGUCAAGAUGUUUACACACCCAAAUCUUCACGACAUCAUCACACUGAUGGAGCCUAUUUUGGCACAGGAUUUCCCCACAUGCUAUUUAUGGUUCAUCCAGAAUACAGACCAAAACGUCCAGCCAAUCAGUUUGUGCCAAAAUUAUAUGGAUUCAAGAUUCACCCACUUGCCUACAAUUUACAGUAUCAGGCGGCAUCAAACUUCAAAGUACCAUCAAGAGGACUGAGCCAUAGUAAUAAUAAACGAUAAACAAGUGACAUAAACUAUUAUUUGUAUGAUCUGUGACAAUAACUCAAAGUGCAUCUGGUAAUAAUCGUGAAUAAUAAUUGCCAGAUAGGACAAAAACAUUAAAUAAAUGGUUUUUUUUA